AUGGGCGUUGUGAUGAGUUUGUUUGAUGGACUUUUUGCCAAAAAGGACGCGACGAUCUUGAUGGUGGGCCUCGACGCAGCAGGGAAGACGACCAUCCUGUGGAAGCUCAAGCUCAACGAGGUGCAGCAGACAGUGCCGACGCUCGGCUUCAACGUGCAGACAGUCGAGUACAAAAACGUGAAAUUUCAUCUGUGGGACGUGGGUGGCCAGAAAGUUCUGCGGACGUUGUGGAAGCACUACUACGAGGGAGCCAACGCCAUCAUUUUUGUCAUCGACAGCAACGACAGGGACCGAGUCCGGGAGGCGCGGCAGGAGCUGGAGAAACUUCUUCAGGAGCCGCUUCUUGGAAAGGCGACUGUCCUUGUACUGUGCAACAAGCAAGACCUGCCACACCGCCUGACACCUGCGGAACUGGUGGAGCAGCUCGGCUUCCGCGACCAUAGCGCGGCCGGUCUGGGGCCAGCGAUGCGCGACCGCCAGUGGUAUGUGCAGGGCUGCUGCGCGCACACGGGUGACGGUCUGUUUGAGGGCCUCGACUGGCUCUGUAGUCACCUGCCAGAUGCUGUGUGA